AUGUCUUCAUCAAGUCCUGCACAAAAACGGCCUUACGACAGUGGGAGUGCCAGUUCAAGCCCAGUGCCACAAAAAAAGUCAAGGGGAUGCACUUUUGGUGAAAGUUGCUACAGAAGAAAUCCAAAUCAUUUCUCAGAGUAUGAGCACCCUCACUUGGAUAAGCUACUAGAGCAACAAGAAGAUGCAGAACCUAAACUGCCUCCAGAUUAUAAGCCAAAGACUACACCAUCCAUUGUUUUGGCACAGUUGAUGAUACUACAGGACCUUAAUGCCAAAAAUGGAAUAAAAGGAAAAGGGAAUGUGCCUAAAAAUAAACCUGCAGUGCAGGAAGCUGCUAGUUCCAGCACAUUUAUGAGGGAUGUCUACAAGCAAUCUCAAGCUCCUAAGAAACAAGCUCAUACAACAGUAAAUAGCCCAAGUACAUCCGUUGGAUCGAGAACUUCCAGUUCAGUUUCCAGAGAAUCUAAGAGGAAUGUCCAACAGAAGACAUCCACAGAAAAAUUGAAAGAACGUGUUUCGGAAGCAUCCUCUUCAAGUAAUUAUUCAAAUAACCAAGCAACACAUGAUAAAGGUGCUGAGAGACCGAGUAAGGAAUCCCACUUGGAGAUGAAAAGGAAGAUCAGGGAACAAUGGGACAACAUCUCAUCAGUGGUACCAGUCAGUGACAAUGUACUGGAGAAGCUAGCAGCUGGUACGCCGUAUAAUUUUUUCCUUACAACAGUGCUCGAUUCUAGGCCAACUCAUUCAGAGAUGACAUCGAUUACAUUUGCUGAUUUACUACAUCCUUCACUUGGUGAAUUGAAAGCAUCAUUGGAAGUGAAUUUUAUGGUUGAACUGGAAUGGCUGUUGGAGCAGUAUGACUCCCAUAGCUACAAGAAAAACCGUUACUCAUUCUUUAUGAAGAUGAUGGUGAUGAUUUCAAAAAGUGCAAGAACAUCCCAGAUAAUGUGA